AUGGUUUCGUUCUCUGGCUUCGCCUUCGUCACUGGCUUCUUGCUGGGACUACUCGCCGUCGUUGCUGCUGAAGUUGCUGCCUUCUUGUACCUUGUCAAGCGCUUGAAUCGGAAGAGGAAUCUUAGCUCAGAUCCAACAUUGAACGGCUCUGAGAAUCCUCCCAUUGAUUUCAAUCUCAACAAACAGGGAGUGAUUUGGGUUUUGGAGUUGGAUGAGAGUUUAAAGGAGAAGUUACCAAAAGAGCCAAAGAAGAAGAUAAGUCUCUUGGAGGUGCAUCCAAUCAGAAAGUUUGCUCGUAUCAAAGACCAUAAGCUCAUUUUAACAGAUUCUGAUAGCAACAAGACGGUUAUAACUCUUAAAGGUUGCUCCGUUGAGGCUGUUUCAGGCUCUGAACUCCCCACAAGAAAAUGGGCUAAAAGAUUCCCUAUCCAAGUAGAGAGCAAGGCUUUAGACUUGUACAAGGGGAACCGUGUGUUUUACAUCUAUCUCGAGACUUCUUGGGAGAAGGAGUCUUGGUGUAAAGCACUUCGUCUUGCUGCUUGCAAUGAUCAUGAGAGGUUUAUCUGGUCGACUAAGCUGAAAGAUGAGUUCCGGAGCUAUAUGGCUUUGCUUAAUGCUGCAUAUCCUUCUUUUAUGAAACCAUCAGCUGGUUUUAGUUUUGAGUCAUUGGACAAGGGGGUUAAGGUAGAGAAUCCUUCAUCAAAGGUUCGUUUGUUCUGGAAGAAGUUCUCGAAAAAGUGCUCAACCAAAGUGAAUCUACCCCCGAUUAACCGUGAAGAGAAGAAGGGGUCGUCAACACGUGCUUACCAAGACUCACAGUCCAACGGUAGCUCUGGAAGGAGUAAUCCAGCUAGAAAGAUUCGAGAUAACAUCCCUGAGGAAACCGAUGUGGGAGCUUUCUCACGUUCUUGGAGUCAUGGUAGUCAUGCUUCGGAUGUUGACUCUGAAGACAAGUUUUUCGCUGAUGAAGGAAGUUUGGCGUGGAACUUGCUGAUCUCUCGACUGUUCUUUGAUGUCAAACAGAACACAGGGCUAAAGAAUGUCGUGCACGAACGAAUCCAGCGGGUGUUGUCCAACAUGAGGAUUCCCAGCUACAUAGGAGACUUAAUCUGCUGUGAUGUAAAGAUUGGGAGUCUCCCACCUUAUAUACAUGGUACAAGGAUUCUUCCAAUGGAGAUGAAUGGUGUGUGGGCGUUCGAACUAGAUGUUGAAUACACUGGUGGUGCUGGACUUGAAGUUCAGACACGCGUUGAUGCUCGAGAGGAAGAUCUGCAGAAAGGCAUAGCUGAAGGAAAACUGCAGCCAAAUUCUUCUGGAGAUGUUUCCUCUGAGUUUCUUGAAGGUCUUGCAGAUUUUGAGAAGCAGUUAAGUGUCCCUGGAGGAACUGUUGAUGGACAAGAUGUGAAAAUUGAAGGAAGCGAUAAAGCUGAUGAAUCAAAGGGGUCAAAAGGUACAAAAGCAGCUCCGAACAAUGGAUCUAAGUGGAAGUCUAUUCUUAAGAACAUCGCUGAGCAAGUCUCCCAGGUUCCAAUUACUUUGUCAAUAGGAGUCUCUUCGCUUAGAGGGACACUGCGUGUACACAUGAAGCAACCUCCAUCUGAUCAACUAUGGUUUGGCUUCACAAGCAUGCCUGAGAUUGAAUUCGACCUUGUUUCAUCUGUUGGUGAACACAAAAUCACAAACAGCCAUGUAGCUAUGUUCUUGAUCAACCGGUUUAAGAACGGGAUACGAGAGGUCAUGGUGCUCCCCAACUGCGAAAGCGUAACCAUUCCAUGGAUGAUAGCUGAAAAGGAUGAUUGGGUCCAACGCAAUGUUGCACCAUUCAUGUGGCUGAAUCAAGACUCAACUAGUGAUCACGAGAGCUUCGAAGCUGCAGAAGCGAAAGCUAAAGCUGACAAGCCGUCAAAUGCUGAGCAAACGAAGAAAACUACCAACGUUCCACAGAAGCCAAGAGUUGAGGAAGAACCUGUGGCUACACAACCACCAGCUAGCUCAGCAGCUCUUACAGUAGAAAGUGAUAAAUCCUUAGAAGAACUCAAGACUCCGCUCCUGGAAAGCAGUGAAAAGCAGGAAACAGCAGCACAAGGAGGCAACGACGGAGAGAUUGUUCCGGUUAGUAUCCAGAGAUCGGUUGUGCCAAGUGAAGAGGUUGAUGCAAACGCAAAGGGUAAGAAGAUGGGAACAAAGGAGAGGAUGUUUGAUUUUAGGAAGAAAGUUGGGGAGAAGUUUGAAGAGAAGAAACGUCACAUGGAGGAAAGAAGUAGACAGAUAGUUGAAAAGAUGAGAGGACCAUGAUACUUAAAAGGUUUUAGAACAUGAAGAAGAAGCUUCUUUAUCUUUUUCAUCUUUCAGACACAAGAGUGAACAAGAAAGUCAAUAUAGAUUUAGAUUAGGACAUUGUUGUUACUUGUAUCCGUAUAUGUUUUGGUGAAAAUAUCAAAAGAACUCAUUGCGGUAUCUCUCUUUAUUCUUAUUAUUAC